CGUUGGGGACGCAAAACUACAUUACCCAUGAUUCUUUGGUGCCCUGUGGGUGAUGGAAGCGAAAGCGAUGAAGAGGGGGCUAGUUGGCUUUACUUGAUUAAAUCUUGAUUUUAUCAAACGACCGCUGUCGUUUGAUAAUUUGUAAAAUAUCGCAGUUAUUGGAAAACUUUUUAAGAUUUAAACUACGUGUAAACGUCGGACGGGCCAUUCCUGUCAAAGCGCGAAUCUCUAAAACAAGAAACAUCCAGUAAAUGGCAGACUGCGAAAGAUAAACAAUGAGGGUUUUUCAACUGCCAGCACACUAAGUUCCCCGAGAGAAGACGUCUGAUGAAAAAUUACUGUAACGUUAAAGAUCCUACAGCCGACAUGGAAGACAAGGCAAAUGGAUCAGUUGACACCAAAAGCCCAGUGGAGAACGGUCAGCUGCCGGACCCUUCCAACUGGGCAGUUGCUGAUGUUGUCAAUUAUUUCAAAGCAACAGGGUUUGAGGAGCAAGCCAUGGCUUUCCAGGAUCAGGAAAUUGAUGGUAAGUCCCUGCUCUUGAUGACGCGUAACGACGUCCUGACGGGGCUGUCGAUAAAGCUCGGCCCCGCACUGAAAAUCUACGAGUAUCACGUGAAGCCGCUGCAGACUCAGCACCUGAAAAGCAACGCCUCGUAGCGCCGCAGGCCGUCCCAGCACCCACGUCUGUGACAAUCAUUGUGUCAGGAGAGCCCAGGUUAGCCGUCGUUUCGCAGAGACUUUUCAGCCCACAGUGGCUUCUUAACAGGAUUUUUGAAUGCUGUAUUUUUUCUUUUUGUUUGUGUUCUUUUUAUAUAAGCGUGGACCCCAAAAAUGGGUUGCACACAGUGUCCACUCAGCCGUUUACCCUUUCAGCCAUUCUUAUAUCUGCUGCUUGAGAUUUUUUUUUUUGUAUUUUUGUAUUUUUUUGUGUUUUAUUUAAAAGAAGAAAAUUUGGGGAAAAUACUCUGCAGGUAUGGUUUUUGUGUGCGUGCAUGUGUGUAUGUGUGUGAGUGCAAAGUGAAUUAACCCAUGAAGGUUUAAAAAAAUAAGUAUUUGUAUAUAAGAUUAUAUUAUAGUUGAAAACUGUAUGUUCUGUCGCAUCUAAAGACUUUGAUACAUGCAGAUAAUGAUUCUGGUGCGUUGCCCUUUUUCCCCCUGAAACUUUCUAUGUUUUAAAAUGUGCAUCUGAGUCAAUGAGUCGUCUUCAGCAUGUGACCGUGAACCACUUUGUUUUCCCAGACACAACGACCCGAGCAAAAGCCACCUUGUUCCUGAACAUCUACAUUAUUCAGGCUUGAGACUCUUGAUAUGGAAAUAUUUAUGUGUAUAUAUUAUUAUUGUUGUUAUUAUUAUUAUUAUUAUCUAUCAACCUGUGGUGCUUUCAGCGUUGUCACACAGACAACUGUUCAAAAGUGUGUAUGACCAAUGUACAUGUGCAGCAUAACACUGGAGUUUUAAUAUCCGAAUCAGAGAUUUGCAAUAAAUGGUGCUCUUUUCUCACCAAAGAUCAA